UCCGCCAGCUAACUGAAAGCAAAACUGUUAACAGAAGCUCCAGACUGUCAGCUGGAUGAUCUGGGAAAUAUAUCAUCAUGAAGAGCCUUGAGUUACUUGACCCUACACAUUUGUAUAAUAUGCUACAGCAUGCUACAGUUUUUCCGUGUUUAAGUGAUCCUAACUUUACGCUGUUGUUAGAUGCAAGAGAGAAGAGCGACUACAACGAAAGCCAUGUAAUUACUGCAAAAAAGGCACCUGUGGAUAGUAACAAAGAUUUUAUUAUCCCAUAUGAUGCAGAGCUGGAGUGUAAACAAAAUGUUGUGAUCUAUGACAGUAACACCACAGACCUAGCAGAGGACAGUCCUGCAGUGCGCUGUGGGAAGGCCAUGUGGGAUAUGGGCAGCAGGAACACUGUCAAAAUCCUGAAAGGAGGAUAUGAGCAGUUUUCAGCACUUUACCCAUUUCUAAGAACACAAAAAAUUUUGUACAUGCCAAGGGAGAUGGAUGAACUGGAGACCUAUCCUGCUGAGAUUAUCCCAGGCCUGUUAUAUCUGGGUAACUGGAGACAGGCUAAUGCCCCCAAUGUCCAGAAAGACCUCAAAAUACAGGCUCAUAUUAACUGCUGUGUGGAGACAGGGUCAUUCUUUUCAGAGUCUUCAGACAACCUGCUUCAUCUGCCUGUGCCAGACGAGAAUGACAGCCAUUUGUUCACUAGUUUUAAGAAAGCCUGCACUUUUAUUGAUAAAUUUAAGGAUGAGAAGAAAGUGGUACUGGUGUUUUCUCAGCUAGGGAUCAGUCGCAGUGCCACAGUAGUGAUGGCAUAUCUGAUGUACCAUUUCAAGUGGUCCUUGAAGGAAGCCUACGAACACGCCUUGAAAUGCAGCCCAAUAGUGCGGCCGAACCGAGGUUUUGUCGUACAACUACAACAGCUUGAAAAGCAACUGCACGGUCGCUCGAGUACGGAUAUCCGCGACCCAAACUUCUAACUCAUGUUAUCGGCGUGUUGACAUACAGAAUGUCAUGUCGGCUUCUUCCUUACACUUUUAUUUACCAAGUGCUCAUCAUGAGAAAAAGACCGGAUACUGUUUCUAAUAUUACAUGUAAUUAUAAUGUAUUACUCCUUUAAUUUGUGUAAUAUACAGGACUUGUGAUGAGGAAUACUACAUGUACUAUUAUUGGCAUACGAAUAUGAAUUUGAUCCAGUUUGUUCCAUUCCUGGUUAAUUAGAGAUGUACUUUUGUUGUUUCAGUUUACCCAGUUUUUGUUUUUAUGAUCUGUUAUAUGCAGCUGUCCUUGCAUGGAAGCUUUAAGCAUUUCUGUGAUGGU